AAUGAAUAUUAGCAAAACAUAAGACACAGUCAGCAAUGAUGUAGUCAUUUACUGGAAACAUGACACCCAAAAAGCACACAUCAUGAUUGUUUUGUCGAAGUUAUACCUCCGGGGUUUUGUGAAUGAGGAUUCCUCACGCGCUCCCUUCAGUGCUGAUUUGCGCGCGCUCUCGGUGGUGACGGGCAGAGAGUGGCGCGGCGUCCUUACGCUACCUUGAGAGGGGGGAAAAGGAUGCGAAAAACCGUUUUUCAGGUCAGCACGGGGUGAGAUUCGCUUAAUCCGACCCUCGUUACCAUCCUCAACGCGUUCAGCUUUGAAUCUCCCACCCCCAGGAUAGAAAAAUUGACGCGCGUGUUUGAGGAAAAUGCUGACGCGUUGACGGCAUGUUUGAUCGGCUCGUCGACUGCUGAGGGAUAUUAUUAUUACUCUUAAGGACUUUUUGUGGACUAGAACGAUCGUCUUGGGUGACCUUUUUCAUAUGGAAACUCUUUCUUUGAGAAUGACAUGAAUUUGGGGGUUUUAAUAAGACGAAUGCAAAGGACGAAUAGAUAUAACCUGCUGAGGGAUAUAUUUAUCGACGACUUUUUAUGAACGUCGUAAAGAUCGCAUUUAGUCUAUGUGGGACUACUUUUUCCUCCGGGAAGGCUGUUUUUUGUUAUAAAUAGACGUUCAUUUGAAAUCAGCCAGGUAAAUAGCCUGCUGAUGAACUGUAUGAGGAAACAGGCAUGUGGAUAAACUGAACGGGACUUCAGCAAGAGUUUGGCGCAUCUACAUCCACUGGUGAUGCCGGAGGUCACUUCCACUAGAAGCGACAGGCUAGCAUCCAAAGGCAUUAUGUUUUUAUGCAACACCACAGCCAUCAAGGACUGGAGCUACUUUCUCUCUCAGAUCUUGCCUCUUGUGAAUAAAUCAGCGGGGUUUGUCCAUCAGAGUAUGGAUCGGGUGGAGGCGGUGACGAGCACUAUGGUGACCGCUCUGGAGCCCGACCUGAGCGGGAUGAGCGCCAGUCAUCCGCCGCUGAACUCCAAUCACACGUCCGGAAUGGAGCAUGUUUUUCAGUACUCGUACUCGGAGGGUGACCUGCAGUACACGGACUACAGGACGCCCCAGAGGGACUCGAUACCGCUGCCCAAAGCGGUGCUCUAUCUGGUCAUGGCUGCGCUGGUGGUGGUGGCGGUGGCGUACGCGAUUGUGGGACAUCUGGUAAAGGAUCUCGUGCAUGAGUUUGUGGAAUGGGUGUUUGGUCCUCGUUCAGAAAACCACCGCAGGAGCAAGAGUGAGGUGAACUGCAUCAGCAGCAGCGUGAAUGAAAUGAACGAUCUCUCACAUGCACCGGAAACACUCUGUAUCACUUAUAAUCACUCCAUGAAGCCUGAAGAACUGGUGGUGACCAUCGACGAGACUUCGCCGAUGCCUCAAGAAGCCUACGCCGGGACAUAAGCAAGAGGAAAAAAAACACUGCGAAUCGAUUCAGCCCUUUAUUAUGAGGAGAAAAGCACAUUUGCUUCAGUUUGAGGUGUCGAAAAGCGACGCUGUGAAGUCAAACCAAUGGAGAAACUGAGGAGUCUAGCGGAUAAAGUACACUUGGAGCUCUGUGAGAGACACGUUAUAUUUUCAGAUUGAAUUUAUAACCCUGAGAAAGACUUCUUUAUCAUUCGCAUCAGUGUAAUCGCUCAGUAUUUUCUGUUAUUUGUUCAGUGGAGACAUGCACUGUGAAUCCUAGAAGUAGUUUGCUGCUCGCAAUCCAUUUUUUUCUUCUACAUGGUUUUGUUUUUCUACACUUUUGCGCAUAUUUAUGGCUGAGUGCUUUAUAGUAUUUGCGAAUACUCACGUUUAAACCACUUUGAGGUUCUGCUUGAAACUAGAUCUGCUCCCUGUAGGUUACUUGAAAAGUCUGGUAAUAAGGAAGAUUUAGAUAUAACAGCCCUUGAUGAUGAAAAAAAUCUAUAUUUAAUCUACAAAGGCAAAACAAGAGCUGUCCUUUUACUUUUAUCUAAGGCAGUGUUACCAAAAAUAGGUUUAUAUUGAAAAGAGACACUACACAGGCACCUAUCACUGAAAUUAUACAUAUAUAUUAUACAUACAUAUAAAUUAUACAUACAUAUAUAUAUAUAGUAUGAUAAUAUAUAUGGUGCACAGCAUAAAUGGGUACACCCCUUUUGAAAAUUACAAAAAAACUUAAGCAUUAUAUUAUAUAAUAUAUCAAUUAAAUGGCAGCACAGUGGCUAGUGUAAUGCCGCCACCCAACCCACUCCGAGCUGGUAUUGAACCGGCUACCUUUCGCAUGGUAGUCGGUUGCUCUACCAAGGAGGAUAAAGACCAUGGCCUCUAGAGCACC